AUGACUCUAAUAUCGCUGUCUCUUCUUGCACUGAGCCUUUGGAUCAUCAUCCGGGUGUUGGUUAUUAUUUAUCGCUUGGCAUGGCAUCCUCUGGCCAGAUUCCCGGGGCCGAAGUUCGCAGCCGCCACCAGCGCUUACGAAUUCUACUUCGAUGCCAUCAAAGGCGGCCAGUAUACAUUUGAAAUUGGCCACAUGCAUAAGAAAUACGGUCCUAUUGUUCGCAUCAGUCCCCACGAGCUUCAUAUCAAUGACCCUGGGUUCAUCGAGGAGUUAUAUCCGGGGCCAGGUAAGCCCCGCGAUAAAUAUGCCUAUGCGACGGGUCAAUUUGGAAUCCCGGAUGUAUGUUCGCUCGUUCUUACCCCGUACGAUCUAUCGAGUGUGUUUGGUGCUGUUUCACAUGACCUACAUCGCAUGAGACGAGGAGCGUUGAGUCCAUUCUUCUCUAAAGCCGCAGUGACUAAACUGGAGCCUGUGAUCUAUUCAGCUGUCGAUAAACUCAUUAGUCGCAUUGAGGAAGUCGUCGAGUCGACUGGAUUCGUCGACUUGACAAUGGCAUUCAGCUGCAUGACAACUGACAUUGUGACCCAGUAUGCCUUUGCAGAAUCCUCGCGCUUUCUCGAAAAUCCGGACUUCACUCCAAACUUUCACGAGGCAAUCCUAGCAGGAACCCGUAUGGGGAGUUGGGCCAGACAUUUUCCAAUCUUGUUCCCGGUCUUGAGGAGCAUCCCCAUAGAUAUUCUGUCCAGAAUGUCACCGGAAACAGGAGUAUUCCUUCGUUGGCAAGAGAGCAUGAGGAAAAAGGUUUCCGAAAUUUGGCAAGACCAAAGUGCUUUGCCAGUCAAAGACAAAAAUGUCUCUCCGUUCGGGUCUACCAUCUUUCAUGAACUUUUCCAUUCCGAUAUGCCAGACUCAGAGAAACAUCCCGGUCGGAUGUGGCAGGAGGGUCAGAUAGUUAUUGGUGCAGGUACCGAAACUACAGCUUGGACUCUCACCGCAACGACUUUUUUCAUUUUGGAUAAUCCAAAUAUCCUAUCAAAAUUGAGGAAAGAGCUUGCAGCCACCAUGCCGAACAGAUAUGAGAAGCCUUCUUGUCGCGAGUUGGAGGCCUUGCCCUAUUUGAUAAUCAUUCAAGAGGGACUUCGCUUAUCAUUUGGAGUUGCAACUCGGCUCCAACGUAUUAACUCGGAGGCUCCUAUGAUAUUCCGACAGAAAAAAACGAAUGAUACCAUAGAGGAAAAGGUCUGGGAAAUCCCUACUGGGACUCCUGUUGGUAUGACCGCCGCACUGGUUCAUCUCAACCCGGAGCUAUUCCCUGAUCCACAUGAAUUCAGACCAGAACGAUGGCUUGACCAGGAUGGACAGCUCCAUCGGGGUUUGGACAAAUAUAUCUUGUCAUUUUCUAGAGGCAGUCGGCAAUGCAUUGGGAUCAACCUUGCCUAUUCCGAGCUAUACAUGGGCAUUGGGAUAUUGAUCAGGCGACUGGGGGACCGAAUGCAGCUUUUCGAAACGGAUCGUACUGAUGUUGAUAUGGUAGAGGAUUGUUUCGUACCUGUUCCAAGAAGAGAGUCGAAUGGUGUUCGGGUGAGAUUAAGUGCGCAGUAG